CAAGGGCGGCGGCGGCGGGGGGCCGGGUGGCCGGGGUCCCGGGCCCCGCAGGGGCGGCAGCGGCGGCGGCGGCAGGAUGAUCAAGCUGUUCUCGCUGAAGCAGCAGAAGAAGGAGGAGGAGUCGGCGGGCGGCACCAAGGGCAGCAGCAAGAAGGCGUCGGCGGCGCAGCUGCGGAUCCAGAAGGACAUAAACGAGCUGAAUCUGCCCAAGACGUGCGACAUCAGCUUCUCAGAUCCAGACGACCUCCUCAACUUCAAGCUGGUUAUCUGUCCUGAUGAGGGCUUCUACAAGAGCGGGAAGUUUGUGUUCAGUUUUAAGGUGGGCCAGGGUUACCCGCAUGACCCCCCCAAGGUGAAGUGUGAGACGAUGGUUUAUCACCCCAACAUUGACCUCGAGGGCAACGUCUGCCUCAACAUUCUCAGAGAGGACUGGAAGCCAGUCCUUACGAUAAACUCCAUAAUUUAUGGCCUGCAGUAUCUCUUCUUGGAGCCCAACCCUGAAGACCCACUGAACAAGGAAGCCGCCGAGGUCCUGCAGAACAACCGGAGGCUGUUUGAGCAGAACGUGCAGCGCUCCAUGCGGGGUGGCUAUAUUGGCUCCACCUACUUCGAGCGCUGCCUGAAAUAGGGUUGGCGCAUACACACCCCUGCCAGGGCCACCAGCCCCGGCGUCCCCUGCAAAUAUUUAUUGGGGGCCACAGGUGGGGGGGGGCAUGGGGCAGCCGGUGGGGGAAUCCCAUGCCCUGACCUGCCACCCCUCCCUGCCACCCGCUCCUAGUUUUUUUUUUUUUUUUAAACCACCAUGUGAUUGAGGUCGGCGCUGCCUCCCCCGACCCGCUCAGCGAUGGGAAAUGAAUUGGCUUGUCUAGCCCCACGCUGGGUGCUGUCCAGCCCCCCUAAUCUGGGCUCUGGGGUGGGAGGCCAAGGGUGGCUGGGCACCCGGCACCCCACCCCUGCACCACUGGAGGUCCCGCCAGGCUAUUAAAGGGGAAUGUUACUGCA